AUGGAUAUGGGUGUCUUGCACCUGCCAUAUGGAUCUCAGGGUGCCAGCAAGACUCUGGGGGUCACCCGGGGCAGGCGUCCAGCCAUGUGUAGGCAGCGGGAGUUCCUGGCAGAGGAAGACACAGUUUAUUGGGAGAAGUGCUGGAAGAACAAUGAGGCGGCCAAGAGAUCCCGGGAAAGGCAACGGCUCAACCACCAGGCCAGCGAGGGCAGACUGGCUGCAUUGCUACAGGACAAUGCAGUGCUCAGGGCUGAGCUGCAAGCCCUCAAACUUCACUUCGGCUUCUUUCCCCCGUUGAGGGGCCCCCAGACUUCAUCCCUACAUACAUCACUGUGGGAGUCUUCCUGGCCCAGAAACUUUGGAAUUGAUCCAUUUUGCUCUUUGCCUGGCUCCUGUCUUGUGAAGUCAUAUACCCUGCAGGCUGUGAUGCCUGGAUGCCAGGGCUGCCUGCUGGCUCACAGGUGGGCUGGCCCAGCUGCUCUCCCCAGGGUCUCCCAGUAGCCUGAAUCCCAGACCCCCACGAGAAUUGAUGGGACCUUGCAGGCUGCUGUACCCACUGCAUCCUUUGGCUGUCAUUUCUUGGAUGGGCAUACAGGGCCCAGACCUGAAUGGAAGCCUUGCUGGCGGCUUUGGGUGUCUAUGCCCACUAGAUGCCAGACCUCAGGGCCCUCAGAUAUGUCCCAUAUCUCCUCUGCAGGUUCCAAGGGGCUUCCUCCUGGGGUUGCUGGCCCAGUCUCAGGGCACAGUCACCAGGCCGUGGACUGGCCAGCCCUGCCCCACAAGCUGCGUCUGAAGACUCAGGCCUCGGGCCGAGUAUGUCAAGGCUGGGAGGGGGGCCAGGGGCCUCUCUGA